AUGGUAGUGCGCUUUCCGCCCAGUGGGUUUAUGGGCCGCGUGGGCAUCAUUGGGGGGAUGCCAGCUGCUGCGUUGGUCCUCACUUGCUCCUGCAGGUCAUUCAUUGAACACAGCUCAGACCCAAAGCGGUGGUGGAGUCCGGCGAAGGCGGAGGUCAAACGGCGCCACCCAGGAGUGAGACUUGGCUCCGAGUUUGCGCGCAUACGGGAGCAGGGUGAACUGGAGCGGCAGCUUGUUGACGCUGACAGGUUUACAGAUUGGAACAUGGUGUCGCGCUUCGCAAUCGGCGCUGCCAUCCUGCUUGUGUUUCUUAACGUGAUUGUGGAGAUGGUGGAGCCAAACCCUCCACCUGAGUACACGCCAUUUUCUCCGUUUUCUGAGCGUCAUAAAAGAGAUGGGGAGGAAUGA